CAAAAGGGACAAGAUACUGAAAUGAACUUCUUGACUGCACAAUAUAAAUGGUAGCAUUUCAACUAUGUGGGUAAACUGUUGAUGUGAAAAUUAAUGAUGUCCUUUGCCUCUUUCUGGGGGUCAGUGCAACCUCAUGGAACCAGGAAAUAUUACACGGAUAUCAAAAUUUCUUCUCCUGGGAUUUUCAGUGAGACCAGAACUGCAGCCCCUCAUAUUUGGACUUUUCCUCUCCAUGUACCUGAUCACUGUGUUUGGCAACCUGCUCAUCAUCCUGGCCGUCAGCUCUGACUCCCGCCUCCACACCCCCAUGUACUUCUUCCUGGCCAACCUGUCCUUUGUAGACAUCUGCUUCACCUCCACCACAGUCCCGAAGAUGCUGGUGAACAUCCAGACCCAGAGCAACAUCAUAACCCAUGAGGACUGCAUCACACAAAUGAACUUCUUCAUAAUCUUUUCAGGGUUGGACAUCUAUCUCCUGGCUGUGAUGGCCUAUGACCGGUUUGUGGCCAUCUGUCACCCCCUGCACUAUAAGGUCAUCAUGAACCCCCGGCUCUGUGGGCUGCUGGUCCUGGUGUCCUGGAUCACAAGUAUCCUGCAUUCCUUGUUACAAACUUCAAUGGUGUUGCAGCUGUCCUUCUGUACAGAGGUAGAAAUCCCCCACUUUUUCUGUGAACUCAAUCAGUUGAUCCAACUUGCCUGUUCUGACACCUUUCUUAAUAACUUGGUGAUGUACCUUGCAGCUAUGCUGCUGGCUGGAGGUCCCCUUGCUGGGAUCCUUUACUCUUAUUCUAAGAUAGUUUCCACCAUAAUUGGAAUCUCAUCAGCUCAGGGAAAGUAUAAAGCGUUUUCCACCUGUGUAUCUCAUCUUUUAGUUGUAUCUUUAUUUUUUUGUACGAGCCUAGGUGUGUACCUCAGCUCUGCUGCCACCCAGAGCUCCCACUCAAGUGCCACAGCCUCGGUGAUGUACACGGUGGUCACGCCCAUGCUGAACCCCUUCAUCUACAGCCUGAGGAACAAAGACCUAAAGGUGGUUCUUAAAAGAAUCAUUGGGAUUUCAUUGACGUGAGGGCCAAUCAUAUUAGGGCUGAAGACGUGCCCAUGAUUGCAGGGCUCAAAGCUUCAAAGUCAGGGAUUAGUUAUUCUUUGAUUAGACUGUGGAAGUGAAAUCCGCUCCUUCUAUUUAUGUGCUGGAAUUUCCAUCUUUUUUUAUGUCAACUUCUCUAUACAUUUAAGUAAAUCACUUUAUUAAGCUUCUGCUGUUUCUGAUAUACAGACCGUUUCCCCUUUGUCUAUUUUCAUAUGUCACCAAUGUUUUCCUCAACCUUGGAUCAUGAAUGCCUGGAAAUUCCUAUAUCUCACAUGGGAGUAGUUGGAUUUCUUAAAAUUAAUUUCAUUUCAAGUGACUUAUACCAUGCCGGGUAAAUUUCCCCUCGAUUUCCUGAGAUCAUUAUCAUGAAUCAUACUCUUCUUAUGAAAGAAAGCUACACUUGAUCAGGAAGCCAUUUCCAUAAUUGUAUUGCCAAGGAGAAUACAAAACCACAGUUUCCACCUUGAGUCUACCAGUCUUUUUCCUUCACUUCAUUUAAUACUCUUCCUGAUGAUGUGGAAUCUAACAUUGUUCCAUUUAAACCUCGGGCUAUUGACACCAAUGCUUUGUCAGGAAAGCCCGAGCA